AUGCCCGAAUGGAGGUGCCUCGGCUGUGUCUGCGUUUUGCUGACCAUCCUCCUAGGCCUGACACACCAGGGACCCCAUGGCUCGGCCCCAUCAAGCACCAAGUUGUUGAUGACAAGCUAUUCCAUACGUUCCACCGUGGUGUCUCGUUAUUCACACACUUUGGUCACCUCGGUCCUCUUCAAUCCACAUGAUCAAGCCCAUGAAGCCAUCUUUGACCUGGAUCUACCUCGCAUCGCUUUUAUCUCCAACUUCACAAUGACCAUCAACAAUAAAGUCUAUGUUGCAGAAGUCAAGGAAAAACGCCAGGCAAAGAGAAUCUAUGAGAAAGCCUAUCAGCAAGGAAAGACAGCUGCUCAUGUAGGCAUCAGGGACCGGGAAUCAGAAAAAUUUCGAAUCUCCACUAGGCUGGCAGCAGGUACAGAGGUAACUUUUGCCCUGGCUUAUGAGGAACUGCUACAGCGACACCAGGGCCGGUACCAGUUGGUGGUAAGCCUGAGGCCUGGACAGUUGGUGAGGAUGCUGAAUGUAGAAAUAACUGUGUCUGAAAGGACAGGCAUCGCCUAUGUGCACAUACCUCCACUGAGGACCAGCCGAGUGUGCACCAACAACCAAACAAGUGAGGGUGACUUGCCCCCAUCCACCAGGAUACAGAGGGGAGAGACCUGUGUCCGCAUCACCUUCUCCCCAACACUGCAGGACCAGUCUGCCUUUUCCAGCUCAGGCAUCAUGGCCGACUUCACCAUCCACUAUGACGUGGUCAUGGAGGACAUCAUUGGAGACGUGCAGGUCUAUGGUGGAUAUUUUAUUCAUUACUUUGCCCCCAGAGGCCUCCAGCCAGUAGAGAAGAAUGUGGUGUUUGUCAUUGACGUGAGUGGCUCCAUGUUUGGAACCAAGUUGCAACAGACUAAAAAGGCCAUGAACACGAUCCUCGGUGAUCUGCAACCCAGCGACUAUUUCAACAUCAUUACCUUUUCUGACACAGUCAACAUCUGGAAGGCAGAAGGCUCAAUUCAGGCCACUGCCCAGAAUGUCCAUAGUGCCAAAAACUACCUGAGUCACAUGGAAGCAGACGGCUGGACCGACAUCAAUGCAGCUUUGCUGGCAGCUGCAUCGGUGCUGAACCAUAGCAACCCGGAGCCUGGAAAGGGCCGUGGUGUGGGGCAGAUUCCUCUUAUCAUGUUCCUGACAGAUGGGGAGCCCACAGCCGGAGAGACAACUCCCAGUGUGAUCCUUUCCAACAUUCGUCAGGCCCUGGCCCACAGGGUAUCUCUUUUCAGCUUGGCCUUUGGAGAUGAUGCUGACUUCUCGCUGCUUCGUCGUUUGUCCCUGGAGAACCAGGGAGAAGCAAGACGCAUCUACGAGGAUGCUGAUGCAGCCCUGCAACUAGAGGGUCUCUUUGAGGAGAUUUCCAAGCCUCUCCUGGCAGAUGUGCACCUGGACUAUCUGGGUGGCUUGGUUGGGACCUCCUCUCGAGCCCUUUUCCCUAACUAUUUUUGUGGCUCUGAGCUGGUGGUGGCUGGCAAGAUGCAGCCAGGUGAGCAGAAACUGGGCAUCCACCUUGCAGCCCGUGGCCCAAAUGGUCAGCUUCUUGUUGCCCACCAUAGUGAAGAAGCCACCAACAGCAGCCAGAAAGCCUUUGGUUGCCCAGGGAAAUCUGCGCUCAGUGUGGCCCACUUUAUCCACCGCCUGUGGGCCUAUGUCACUAUUGGGAAGCUGCUGGAGGCACGCUUCCAAGCCCGGGACACUACCACUCGCCGUCUGCUGGCCGCCAAAGCCCUCAACCUAUCCCUAGAAUACAACUUUGUCACACCUCUGACUUCACUGGUUGUGGUGCACCUCGAGAAGACCAAUGAGGAAGCCGUGAGCCAGCCAGCCACCACAGCAGACAUAAGCACAGUCACACCCUCAUCCAGCAAUAGUCUUGGCCUAGGAGCAGGCAUAACUCAACCACCCUCAGUUCUCAAGGUUUCUUCCAAAUCAAGGCCCAUGAAACCAACCUCAACUCUUACUGCCCCUACAAAGACAGUGCCCAGUUCCAAGGAGCUGGGGACACUGGGUCCCUUCUCUAAUAGCCUAACAGUUUCAAUACAAUUGAAGCCCCAAAUUCCAGCACAACAAAACCUCAGCACCUUGGUAGUGCCGACUUUGAAUAUGAAAGCUCUUGCCCAUGAGCCUUCAAAUUCUAAUGACCCGCUGCCCCAGAAGCCCAGCACUUCAUCACACCAGAACACUGGUAUCACAUCAUUUGUUAAUUCUAGGAGACAUGUCCUACCUCUAAAUCCUGUCAGCUCUUCCCAGCCCAAAGGUGGCACCAUGAAGCAUUUUAAUCCAUUUACGCCUUCCAAACUCCCUGCUUUGCCAGAGGCCCAACCUACACUAGCUGCCCCCUCAUACCAUCAACCUGGGGAAUCCAUAUCACAGUCACCCCAAAGCUUGCCACAGCCCAAAUCUAGCUCCACAUUUCAGAUACCCAAGAACCCAUUGCCCCUCAGCUCCAAUGGUCUUGCUCCCAAGACUCGUGCAAAUGCACCACACCCUAAACCAAGGAUUGUUCUGCCCAAGCCUCUUAAACUCCCUUCAUCUCAUAAACCUAGUGUCUCAUCUCACCAAACUUCUACUAGCUUAUUACUUUCUAAGUCCAGAACCCCAACACCCUAUAGCACCCAAAUCCCUCUGCCUGCCAGAGCCAAGACACCAGCUCCUCAGAGCCUCAGCACACUGUCAAACAUACUCUCAAAUUUCACAGGUGCCAGCAGUACUGCAGCCACCUCUAUCCCUGGGGAACCCAUCCCUUCUCCCUUUACCCCUACCCUGACCUCUUUGCUGCCCACUGCAAGACUCUGGCAUCAGCAAGACCCGCUGCUUAGACCCAAGAACACCAGCACUCUCCCAGAGGCCAUCAGUCUUCACCUUCUCCCAGGGAAACUCGAGCUGCUGCCAAAAUCAGUGGAAGAGCCCAAGUUCGUGGAGUCCUUGAACCCACCAGUCUUCUAUACCUUCCUCACUCCUGACAGAGAUGGAAGUCCACACUGGGAUGGCAGUUCUGAGAGGAUCCUGGGAGGAGCUGAACAUGACAUGGACUCUAAGGAAAGUUCUGUGGAGCUAAUAAAAGGCACGUCACCAGACAUCUUCACCUUCUCGUCCUCUGUGGACGGAGACCCCCACUUUGUGAUUCACAUUCCUCACUCACAUGAAAAGAUCUGCUUCACAUUGGAUGGGCGCCCAAGGGACCUACUGAAGCUCAUAGAGGACCCUAAGGCAGGGCUCCAUGUGAGUGGAAAGUUGCUUGGAGCACCACCAAGACCAGGCCACAAGGACCAGACCCGUACAUACUUCCAGAUCAUCACAAUCAAAUCAGAUAAACCCCGGGCCUACACCAUUACAGUAAGCCGCACUUCCAUCUCUGUGCAAGGCGAAGGCACCUUGAACUUACCCUGGGACCAACGUGCCCUGGUGAAGAAACCCCAGCUGGAGCUCCAUGUGGUUUCUGCAUCCCAUCUCACCCUCCGCCUUGGGCCCCACCUCAGCUUCCUCAUCCUUCGUCACCAGUACAGACACCCCAGCACACUACAGCUACCCCAUUUGGGCUUCUAUGUGGCCAAUGGCUCAGGCCUCAGCCUCUCAGCCUGUGGCCUGAUAGGACAGUUUCAACACACAGACAUCCGGGUCGUAUCGGGACCUGCUGGGUCUUAUCUACAGAGGCACCAUGGCCCAGAUGUGCCAGUGGUGCUAGGCAAGAGGUUACUGAAAGAAUCACCCAAGCUGCUUCCCCGCUGGACUUCAUGCUGGCUGGUGAAACGCUCUCAUGUAGAGCAGCUGCUGGGUCAGCCCUACCUUGCCUAUGUUCUGUGA